CUAAACCCUUCUCUCGGCUCUGAACAUUAUUUUCGUUUCUCUUCUUCACUACUAAACCCAUACAAUCUUGAUCAUGGAAAGUAGCAUCCAUGGCGAUAGAUUAGUAGGAUGGGAGAUUCAUGGGUUCCUUACUAUGAAAGAUUUGGAUAUACAGAAGUUAUUGGAGGAUGCCAACGAAAGGUGGUUCCGGCCUAACGAAGUUCAUGCAAUAUUGUCUAACUACAAGUAUUUUGGAAUUCACCAUAAACCGGUAAACCUGCCAAAAGGGGGAACUAUUGUGUUGUAUGAUCGUAAAAAGCUAAGAGCCUUUCGCAAGGAUGGGUAUAAUUGGAGGAAGAAGAAAGAUGGGAAAACAGUUCAAGAAGGUCAUGAACACUUAAAGGUUGGCCGCGAGGAGAGGAUUCACGUGUACUAUGUCCAUGGCUUGGAUAAUCCUAAUUUGGCUCGUAGGUGCUACUGGUUACUCGAUAAGAAACAAGAAGACAUUGUCUUUGUUCAUUACCGUGAGUUAGAGCAGGUGCAAAGUUCUCCAAGUACACCUCAUAAUUCAAAUUCUAAUUCAGCUCACUGCUCGAAUGCAUCUGUCCCCAAGGUUUUAGCUGACGAAAAAAGCUGCUGGGAAAGUCCUGCAUCUAACUCAAAUGGUGUCUCCUAUGAGCAGCAGAAUCAGUACAAUGUUAGAAACUCCAAAAGUGAUACAAGUGAUUACUCUCAAGCAAGGAAUAUAACCGUUCAAACCAAUGAUUUUCAAAGUGCAACAGGAGAUGAAUCGUCAUCCAUGCUCAUCAAAGAGAUUCUGCAAAAUGAAGAGAGCUUUGAAGUAUUUCUGGACUCUUUUAUGGCUGAUGCCUCAGACCUAUCAGAUUUACCAGAUGAUUCUUCAUUAUUAACUAGUCACAAUGAAUCAGGUACAUCGAUGAUAGUGAAUCACCAGUUGCAAACUAUCAAACCAUUAUUCACUAUAACGGACAUCUCUCCUUCAUGGGCUUAUUCAACGGAACAGACAAAGAUUAUAGCAAUUGGAUACUUUCAUGGAGCAUAUUUACAUAUUGAUGAUACAAGAAUGUUUUGUGUCUUUGGAGAUGUAUGUUCUCCUGCUGAGAAGAUAGCAAUGGGGGUAUUCCGUUGUACAUCAUUUCCUCGCUACCCUGGAUUUGUGAAUUUUUAUUUGAGCCUCGAUGGUUAUACACCCAUUAGUCAAGUACUGAGUUUUGAGUAUCGCUUUCCUCCAGUAGAAAGGAUGGCUUUACUAAAUGAGCAUCCUAAGCAGGAGGAGUUUCAACUUCAGCUAAGGCUUCUUCGCUUGCUCUUCUCUUCAAGUAACAUCCUUCGCGUGCUAUCAAGAAAAUCAACAUCAGCUUAUUUAGAAACCAAGUUGCUCCCAUCCGUAAGUUCUAGCAUCGACAAAGACUGGGAAUUCCUGAACGAAUCAAUUCAGCAUAACAAAAUCUCUAUGUCACAAAGUACAAAUAUGUUAACGGAAUUCACUUUGAAGAGCAAGCUAAAGGAAUGGAUUUUAGAGAGAGUGGUUGAAGGGCGUAAAACAAGUGCUCGCGAUCAUCAUGGUCUAGGAAUUAUCCAUCUUUGCACUCUUUUGGAUUACAAGUGGGCUGUUCAACUCUAUUCACGCUCAGGACUUUCAUUAGAUUUUCGAGAUGCAUUUGGCUGGACUGCCCUACAUUGGGCCGCAUUCUAUGGGAGGAAAGAAAUGGUUGCGGUUUUGUUAUCUGAAGGGGCGGAUCCAAGUCUAGUUACUGACCCCACUUCACAAUUCCCUGGAGGAUGCACGGCUGCUGACAUUGCAUCCAGAAAUGGCCACGAGGGUAUAGCUGCGUAUCUUGCAAAACAGGGACUGAUAACACAAUUUAUGCUCAUGUCCGUCUCUGAAAAUAAAAGUGGCCCCCUUCAAACGCAAAAAUCUUAUUCAGUGGACCCUGGAAACCUUAGCGAAGAGCAGUUGUGUCAGAAGGAUGCGUUUGAUGCAUACGAGAUAUCUACUGAUGUAGCAUCACGUAUACAGGAAGCUUUCUGGAAGGUCCUUGUGAGCAAAACAAAUAGAAUGACAAUUCAAGACACUGACGAAGAUUAUGUGACUAAUGCCGACCUAGCUUCUUUAAGUUUACAUUCCCCAGAAGCAAUUCGCCAUACACAGAUGUUCGCUGAAGCAUGUUAUACAAUGGCUGCAAUGAAGAUUCAACAUGCUUUUCGCAUCUAUAUGAUACGGAAGAGGAUGAAAGCUGCAUCAAGAAUCCAACACCAGUUUCUUACUUGGAGGAUCCGAAAGGAUUUUCUCAACAAGCGUUUGCAAGUGGUCAAACUUCAGGCUAAUUUCCGAGGUCACCGAGCACGGAAUCAAGUAAACAGAAUUGUUUGGGCUGUUGGAGUGCUUGAAAAGGCGAUUCUAAGGUGGCGUCAGAAAGGAAAAGGGCUUCGAGGACUUAUUCUACCCCAAUCAACUGAAAAGGUUAGAGUACAAGAGGGGAUUCAGGCAGAGUAUGGCCUUCACGAGGACUUCUUUUUAGACAGCCGUAAGCAGACUGAAGAACGUCUCUCGAGAGCGGUUAUAUGCGUCCAGUCUAUGUUUAGAUCGAAACGAGCUCGAGAAGAGUAUCGGAUGAUGAAAUUGACCCAUGAUCGAGAAAAGUUGGAGCGUCGGCAAAUGCAAUAGGUGAAUGUACAUAAGAUUUGCAGCUCAGUUUAGUUUUACCAAUUUUGAUAGUGAAAUUGCAGUAAGCAAUUGGUAUAUACCAUUUUUUAUAAUCCACAGGCAUGUAAAAGUCUUUCCAAGACUGGUGAUAUUUCAAGCGACUUUCUAAUUAAGGAUUCCAUUUUAAAAA